UUUAUUGUGAAGGCAGAAGUUGCUCGUUGAAUUAUGGAAUACUGAAAGUGCACGAUAUGACAUAGAAGGAAGGGUCUUGUUAACUGUCAAUAUGAUGUUAAAAGUCACUCAUCGGUGUAGAAAUGAAUGAGUUUCUACAGCAGUGAGAGGAGCAGUCAGUUGCCAGCCGUAUACCUGUGUGAGGAAGUCAGAGAUCAUGUCAGCAAUCAAGGUUGCCCUGCAGCAGAGCCAGAAGAGUGGCAGAAGCAAAACCUCUAAAACAAUGUCUGCAGAGGUGUCGCCGGACUCCAAAUGUCCCAUCUGUUUGGACAUAUUUAACAACAUGUCUUAUCUGGAUCUCUGCCUGCACAAGUUCUGUUUCCGCUGUAUUCACGAGUGGUCCAAGAACAAAGCUGAAUGUCCAUUGUGCAAGCAGCCGUUUAAUUCAAUCUACCACAGUAUAAAAUCGGAGCAAGACUUUAAGAAAUAUGACCUGCGGCCAGUGGAAACUGCUUCUUUUGGCACUUUUCAGGGAGUGCGGUUUAGAUACCGCACAACUCUUACCGGUGUCCAACGACAGGCAAGGCGAAGGACCUCUCCACCUCCAGACAACGGAGUACUUUUCGAAGCCUCAACAAAUCAAUCCCAACGGCAGUGUGACCGUUACAUCCAACAUGUAAUGACGAGGUUGGCUGCCAGGAGAAGAGCUGUGAGUGAAGGCAGGACAGUGAACAGUGUACGGGAGCAAGAAAUGGUGAACUUCAGGAGGGAACUGUAUCGACGGGGAUUUAGGGUCCGAAAUGUUCGAGAUGGUGGCCGCUCUCGAGACAUCUCAGCUGAGUUCUACAGAAGAAAUCCUGCCUGUCUACAUAGACUGAUCCCCUGGUUAAAAAGAGAACUCACUGUGCUGUACGGGGCCCAUGGCUCUUUGGUCAACAUAGUUCAGCACAUCAUCAUGUCUCGCAUCACACGUUAUGACAUGGAGGAUGGAGCUAUUCAGGAGGAGCUCAGGCCGUUUCUGCAGGGUCGCACAGAGCACUUUCUGCACGAGUUCACCAGUUUUGCAAAGUCCCCCUUUAAUAUGGAGGCCUACGACCAGCAUGCUGUCUAUGACUUCCCAGCUCCUCCCUCAAAUGAAGACAGCAGCACCAACUCAUCUGUCAUUGCUAUCUCAGAGGAUGAGGAAAACACUACAGAGUUGGGCCAUCCAGGAGCCUCAACCUCUACUCUGAGCCACUCUAUGUGGGAUGAUGAGACGCCUGGGCCAUCAUAUUCUACGACAGCAGAACAGGCCAGAGCAGAACAACUGUCAGUUCCGGACUCUGACUCUGAUACCAGUUUAGAGGAAGAGACACAUGAUUUUGGCGCUUCUCCACAGCAAAUGAGUCCUCACAACCAAACAGACUUGACUCAGGGCGAACGUAACGACGAAGAGUGUCUUUCCUGUGACAGCGACGACUGUGUCAUUGUAGGGUUUGUUAAACCGACAGCAGAGAGGACUCCUGAGCUGGUUCACCUGUCCUCUGACUCUGACGAAUCUGCCAGCGAAGAUACUAAAGACGUGCCUCUUCUGCCUCAGCACAUCCGCUUCACCAGUCUGAGUCCUGCAGCUUCACAGAACAGCGAUGCCAGUGGUGUCGGGCGAUCGGAAAAUCACAUGGAUUCUAAAGAAAGAUGUAGCUCUUCGAUAUCUAGCAGAUGCAAGACAUCCAGCAACUCAAACAGAAAAGACACAGAAAGAAGAUUUGACAGUAAAGAGAGAUCUCGGGAGAAGCCCCGGUCAAAGGACAGAGACCACAGGAGAAGGAGGAGGUCAAGAAGUGGAGAGCACCGACGCUGCAGAAGCCCAGUGAUCUCCCACAGCAGUGUGAGCACUCAUUCUAAUGACCAAGGCUGGGCCAGAGACUACUCAAAAUGUGACAGUCGUUAUAAAAGGAGGGACAGUGAUCGCACUUAUCAGUACAGCCAUUACGGCCAAGAGAGAGAUGAUAGUGGAAUGCAUUUCUCACAGAGACAGUCCUACUUUUACACUAGCCACAAAUCCUUAAUAUUGCACUCUCGCUCCAGGAGCCACAGCAGAGACUCGCGGAGACGGGAUAGGAGGCAUUCCCGAUCUAGGACUUAUUCCAGCAGUCGCUCCCCUUCGGUAAAAAGAAAAUCUCACCACGACAAGCCUGGCGGGAAGAGGAAAUACAAAACAAGGCAUUUGGACGAACCGUCCAAUAGCACACUUUCUAACUCGUACGCCAAAGGUGACUCAACGAAACACAAGAAAAAAAGCAAAGAGAAGAGUCGCAAGAAAUCCAAAGAGAGGUCGAGAAAGACCAGCAGGAGUGUCAGCGUGGAGCUUGUUAGUGACGACAAAGCGUACGAGCGAAGCAGGCGGCACCAUAAGAAAAAGAAGAAACACAAGAAGAAAUGCAGAAGGCACAAGAGCAGUGAACCCACAGAGAAGAAGCGCUUACCUGCCGUCAUCACCAUCGAUAGUGACAGUGACUCCUGUGCUAAUGAUAGCGUCACCCAGGCCAGUAGCGCUAAUAAGGAGAAUCUCACUGAAAAUACCACAGAUGACCCAGUCGACCCCACACCUGCGGACUCACUGUCGUAAUCAUGCUGAUGGAUUUACCCUCAGCUGCUAUAACCUGCCACCAGUAUUUUAGUAUAUUGAAUUCACCAGCCCUCAGAAAAGAUGGUGGAUACACGUAUGCACUUAAAUGCCACCAAAAGUGUUUUCUAAAGAGACGUUUCAUUGGACAUUAGUAUAGAUAUCUGUACUGAACUGGAUUGAGGUCAUGACCAGAUAAAUGAUGUAAAACAAUGCUAUUUUAUGUGCAAAUGUGCCACUCUGAACAAGUCAGAAAAGUAAUCAUAUUGGGAGUCGCACAUCUUUUUCAAGAAUCAGCUCUUAUUUUGGAAAUUCAUCUUAUUCUAUGUUGUAUUUUACUUCAAAGGUGCUCUCAGGGAUCGUGCUGAUUACAUUUGUUUGUUUUUGUUGUCAUAAGUCAGCUAUAUUCUUGAGACAAAACUAUUUCUACCUUCUGCUCAUGGAUGUGUGCUUAUUAUCUGCAGCUGGUGUUUGGAUUUCAGAAUGGGCUUUUUUCUAUUGAAUUUUAUUUAAGAAUAAAUUGCAAUGCAUAACUGUGUGCACUCUA